AUGUCAACACAGUAUGACGAGAUUGGUCUCUCUUAUGAAUCGAUGAAGCGCCUGCCAGCGGCAUCCCUUGAACGUGCCAACCUCCGAGCGACCGUCACACCCUUCCUGAAUGCAAACACCGAAACCAGCGUUCUCGAUCUCGCCUGUGGAACGGGCUACUACUCCCGCCUCCUCCUAUCAUGGGGCGCAUCUCGCGUCGUCGGCGUGGACAUCUCACCCACCAUGGUUGACGCCGCGCGCUCUCAGACACCGCCUGAAGCAUCGGAAAAGUUGGUAUUUGAGGUCGGCGACUGCACACAGCCGCUCACUCUCCGACAAUCAACAACGGAACAAUUUGAUAUCGUGCUAGGUGCCUGGCUACUCAACUAUGCUGGUACACGGGCCGAAAUGACGCGCAUGUUCGCCAACAUUGCCUCGCAUCUCAGACCAGGCGGGCACUUCGUCGGAAUCACGCCUCAUCCGGCCAUUGACCUUGACAAAUUCGCGGAGCUAUUUGAUCCCGAAAAAACGGAUCGCGACCAGGCGAGGUACGGCGUCAGCGUGGCUUACACGGGACGCAUACCGGAAGGGUAUGGCUAUCGGACCAAGAUCACCGCUCAUGUACAGCCCCGGGAGAUCUCGUUCGAGAAUUACCAUCUUGACCGAAGCAUUUAUGAGGCUUGUGCGCGCGAGGGAGGACUCAAAGGGAAUUUGGAGUGGAAGGAAAUCCGGCUGCCGCAGACAGACGAGGAGAGCCGAAGGGAGUACGAUGCUGCGUUGGCGUUUUGGACUGGGUAUCAUGAGGCGCCACAUUUCGGGAUUUUGGUCAUUGGGAAAUAG